AAAAAAACAUUUUUAAUGAGAAGUUCCCACCUUAAUUUCUUAUUGUUAAAAUAUGAUUGACGGAUGGUCGGAUAGAAUGUACAGAUUGGAAAAUUGACGUCUGGAGGGAUGGACGGAUUGACGGAUGACCGGAUAGACGAAAUGCUGGAUGAACGGUAUCCGGUUCCCUGUUCUUUCAACAAACAAUAAAACAAGCUGCUAAUCUUUAAAUAAUUAUAAUGGUUAAUUGGUUAUAAUGGUUAAUUGGUUAUAAUGGUUAAUUGGUUAUAAUGGUUAAUCUUAUCUUUAAAUGAAACUUUACUGACGUUCACAGGCGAUUCGCUGAUAAGUACGAUUUUAUUAAUAUUUAUAGGUAUCAUAACACUAAAUCUGACUAUUCUAAAAACUCUUAAAUUUGCGUAUCACUUCUUUUGAUACUGUAUACACAUUUUAAAGCUUAAUCAAUUAGCGGUUGGGUUCUUUUUCAGUGGUGAUAUAGCCGACGAGUGGGUUAUAAAUAUGUACAUAUGUAUAUUCCUCCAAAAUGGGAUGUAUUUGCGAUGACAAACUGUCGAAAAUAAUGGACAACUUUAAAGACACCUGGGAGAGGAUCACCAACAGCAGCACUGCCAGCGGGGAGGGUAUCAACUACGAGGGAGUCGACUGUGUACUGCGACCACUAAAGGGAACCAUCUGCUCCGAGUAUGUGGUGGCGCACGGAAGGUACCCUCUGCGUCCCGUCCGCAAUUUCGGCGAGGUCUGCCUGCUGCCGCACAUCCUGGAAUCGAUGCAUAAGCUGGGCCUGAACAAACUGCUCCGCCUGCAGAGCUACACUUGGCCGCAUUUGGUCAAAGGAGCGGGCAGAGGGGCGAUGAUCGUUGGGUCUCCAUGCUGUGGGCGCACGUUAUCGUACUUACCAGUCGUUUGCCAUGCUGUUUGCGAGGACCUUAAGGAGAACACUAACCCUCUCGGGUUUCUAGAGACAGGGGCCUGGCAACCUGAUGAGUACGGCCCCAGAGCCUUGAUUGUGGUCCCCGAUUUGCAGCGCGUUCUCCAGGUGAGCGCCCUGUGCCACGCCCUGCUGCGCAAUACAAAGAAGGAGGAUUGGUUCACACUCACCCUUAAUGUAUCCACGACCAAGAGCUCGGAGUUCUUCCUGAGGCUCCUCAACGGAGUGGGCUGCCUGGUGGCCACUCCUGCGCAGCUGGCCUGGUUCUGGCAGGAGCAUCCCGGCCUGAUGCGCUUUCCACGCCUCCGGUUUCUAGUUUAUGACGACGUGGACCUGAUGUCCGAAGAGCAGCUAACUGGUGCACAACAGGUUAUUCAGGAGAUUCUUCCCCUCACAAACCACCCGCAGGUGGUGAUGGUUUCCCAGCAGUACAGACCCAAGCUAAUGGCCGAAUUGAAAGCAGUUAACGAUGACCCGGCUCUUGUGUUCGGUGACAUCCUGGAGGCAGCUCUAUACGGCGGAACUCGCAUACGGAUUUCCAUUUCCUGCUCUUCGGCCAAAAGCAGGGCGGUGGUCAAAACGCUACAGCAGUGUCCGCCGAAAGAUUUCCGCACGGUGAUCUUCUGCACCAAUGACACGGACAUUCAGCACCUAGCGGUGGCUCUGGAGGAUCAGGGCUACGACUGCCUACGCUACUUCCAGACCUCGGGAGUGACGGUGCACGAGAGGGUGCUGAGCUGGCAGGCAAAUAACUGCGGCGCGAUCCUGCUGUGCUCCGAUAGCUGCCCGGAGCUGAUCAUCCGGGACGCGCACACCUUGAUCCACUACAGCAUGAGCAGAUCGUGGAGCCAGUUCAAACUGAGGCACCUCGUGCUGUCCGAGAACCUAAGCAACCACCUCGCUUCCUCGGCAAGUCCCUUAAAAAGGCAACUGCAAUCGCUGGUGCUCCUCGACGACAACAAUCACCGGGAACUGCCACGUCUUGUGGACUUUCUUCAGGUCCACCAAGUGGUGGACCCCGCCGUGUUGGCGGUGGCCAAGCGCGUGAGGCAGGAGAUGGACAAUGCCAAUAACGAAAAGGUGACCCUCUGCAGCCAGAUCCUAACGGUGGGCAAAUGCUAUAAGCCCGUCUGCAAGGAUCGCCAUCACUUAUCGGCUUCGGACAGGUGUCCGGAUUAUAUGCCCGCGUCCGGAGACGUCAAGCUCCAAUUGGUCCAGGUCUACUCGCCAACACACUUUUGUGUCCGGCUACUGGAGCACAUGCCUCCAAACGGCACCUGGCAGCUGCUGCCCAAUGCUGCAGUGCAGCAAAUGCGCAUGCAGUUAGUGCAGGAGCAGGAUCCCCGACGCCACUGGCCUCCGGUGGUCGGGGACAUCUGCAUGUACCACAGCAAGUUCACCAAGGAAAGGGUUCGCGUGCUGAAAGUAGCGACCAUAGAAAACCUUCAAGUGGUCCAAUCCGAUUUGUCGGUGGAGGUUCAAGGCCUGGAUGUGGACACGCGCAUCACCGUCACCACUUGUGGCCAACUCUUCGACUGCCCGGAGGCAGUGCAGCGGGAGCCGCCGUUGGCCUGUGAUCUCCGGCUUUUCGGCCUGGUGCCUCAUUCUGGGGAGCGCAGCUGGACCGCAGAGAGUAAGCGGGAUGUCAGGUACAUGCUGUCUCAGUUGCCCAAGGAUCACUUCCUUCAGGCCAAAAUCGAGUUCGCCGCCGCUGGCACUCUCUUCGUUCGGGAUCUGGUGGCCAUCGUGUUCGCCAACCAAAUCAAGCUGCAUCUGCGGUAUUUGUGUCUCGCAAAGAAGCUGAUAGACAUCAGCUUGGCCAAAAGAUGUGUGCAAGCGACCGAAGGGAUUAGGGAUUUCUUCAAGGAGGUGUUAAUUGAUGUUAAAGAAGAAGAAAACCUGCUAGAGGAGAAUGAGGUGAAAAAUAAGUUGAAGGAAGAGUGCCUAGCACUGUGCACGUUGCAGAGCAAGCCCGUCUUGAGUGGCAGAUGUCAACGACUGGUGAAGUUGGCUCUCGAGAUGGGCAGGGAGAACGAUUUACAGCGGAUACAGCGCGGAGCCGGGUCUGGAAUUGGAGAGGAGCUCUCUGAUAAGAUGACGAACCUCUCCGUCAGGAGAAAGGAAAACACCGGGGCUAACUCCGAGAAUAAUCAGGUGGCCCAUCUGUACGAGUGUGUGAGGAAGUGCGCCCUCCUUCAGCUGGAAGAUAAGAAGGAGCAGCCAAAAGAAUCCGAUCAAAACUCCAACGAUCCAGUUGAAUUUCUCAAGCAGGUCUUGAGCACUAAGACCCGUAGUAUCAAACGGAAACCCAAGAAGAAUAAUAGGGCAAGUGCUGGCAAACCAGCUAAAGAACUAUCUAACCAUUUCCAGAUGGAGAUUGAACUACCACUCAAUGUUGUACGUCCGCCGGUGACCUACUAUCAGACCAUUAGUACGUUGGAGCUGCAGGUGUUCCUACCAGACGAUGAUCAAGAGUACAGUUGUUUCCUGCAGGAACCACAGAUAUUCUUCAGGGGUACCUCCAAGUCCUCGAAUCUGAUACAGCAGUUCGUUCUGACUCUGGAGUUUCCUUGCAGGAGUCUGCGCCAUUACAUCCGCGGGCGCACGGUGUAUAUUAGCGCCACUAAGGAGAUAGCUCGCUACUGUCCAUUGGCCUUCGGCGAGUACCGCUUCCUCAAGCCCAACUACGAUAUGAUUAAUAAGGUUGAUGACCACCAGCAGAAGGCAAAGUCCCGAUUGAUUCGCUUCCUGCAGGAUUUAGGUUAUGCGAAGCCAAAAGCCAGAUCGCAGGAAGCGAGCGAGGAAAGUGAGGACGAAGAGCCUAACCUGGUUGGAGUCGAGUGCGGGGACAACCGUAUUUUAUACGACUAAUAAAGGGGAAAAAAUGAAAUAUUUUAAGAUUAGAUAUUCUAGAUGUAGAUAUUUUAUAACCCUUGCAGAGGGUA